AUGGAUUCGGUCUAUGGUGAUGUUCCAAUGUCCCGCGUGAAGAUGAACGCGAAGCACGAGUACGAGUUCAUCGCCAACUUCAAGAUCCUCCAGAACGUCUUCAGGGCGCACAAGGUCGACAAGCCAAUACCCGUAGAGAAGCUCGUGAAGUGCAAAAUGCAGGACAACCUCGAGUUCAUGCAGUGGUGCAAGCGCUACUGGGACACCAACUACGGCGGCCAGGGCUACGACCCCGUCGCGCGUCGAAAGGGUGCCCCCGCCGACCCGCCCGCGACCAUCGCCCCCCUCGCACCGUCCUCGUCGCGCUCCGGCAGCUCCCUCAACGUCGGCGGUGCACGGCCGCGCGGACGCACACCCGUCGGCGGACGUGCGGGUUCGACGCAGCCGAAUGAGGUGCAGAAUCUGCAGACGCAGCUCAGGGAGAUGUCGGGGCAUCUGGAGGGCCUGGAGAAGGAGCGGGACUUUUAUUUCUCGAAGCUGCGCGAUAUCGAGAUUAUCGUGGGGCAACAGCUGGAAACGUUGGAGGCUGAAGGGAAAGACGACCCGCUGCUACGGGAUGUCCAAAAGAUCCUGUACUCGACUGAGGAGGGCUUUGAGGUGCCCGAACCAGGUACCGUAGACGAAGAAGAAACAUUCUAA